AUGACAUCCCCUCUACCUUCCGAAAACAAGGCAAAGAUGGCUCGUGGUGGGCUGUACUUUGCCUUCACGCCAGAGCUACUCGCAGAACGCGCAAGGUGCAAAGCCGCCACGCGCGCAUACAAUGCCGCCGAAGGGCAAGCAUCCCGACGUGAAACCGUGCGCCUCUGGAGAGAGUUGGUAGGUGAUGCAAGCCCGCUGCCAACGGAACUGCCCGACGCCGCUGCCGACGAGGCUCAGUUUGACCAAGAGCCAAUCGUCGAAGCUCCCGUGCGUAUGGACUAUGGCACGCAGGUCAAGUUGGGCAAGGGCGUCUUCGUCAAUGCCUAUUCCACGUGGAUUGACACCUGCACAAUAACCGUCGGCGCUCGCACCUUGCUCGGGCCCCAUGUCUCGCUAUACAGUGGCACGCAUCCGUUGGAACCGGAAACCCGCAACGGCACCAAAGGUCCCGAGAUGGGCAAGGAGAUCGUCAUCGGCGAAGACUGCUGGAUCGGGGGAAAUGUCACGAUCCUUCCUGGCGUGACAAUAGGCCGAGGCUCUACAAUUGGAGCAGCCAGUGUGGUCACAAAGGAUGUGCCCCCAUUCCACGUAGCAGCAGGCAACCCGGCUCGCGUCCUACGCAAGAUCGAUUCCACCCUGGAUGUUCAGCCAGCAAGAGCUGAGAGUGGGUCUUAUCGAUAA